UCUCUUUUUCCUUUGUAUUUUCUCGAGAAAUUGCUCUCUCCCUUCCAAUCCAAUUCCCAAACCCAAACCCAAACACACGCACUCUCACUCUCUCUAAUUUUAAAUUCUCCGGCCCCAUUUCUGUCAUAUUUUCCCUUAAAAAUCUAAAAAUGGAAAAGAAAAAAAAGGAACGUUCGUCCAUUUAUUUUUAAAAUUUUACCAUUUUCUUCCUCUCUUGAUUUCGGACCGUCUCCUCUUGUAUUUGUUCUCUUCUUUAUUCAAAUGGGUUUUUGAGUUUGAAUUCAAGGAGGAAUUCGGAGCCAGUCGGUGAAUUUAAGAGAGAAAGGGAGAAAGGAUUGGGAGUUUAAAAGAUUUGGGUGUUUAAAUCGUGCGUGGAUACUAGCAUGGCAUCUGGGAAUCCUUUUUUUGAUGACUUGCGGAGCAAGCCUGAGGUUAUUGAUCUUCCACAGAACGAAGACCAUUUGGAUAGUGAGUCCGUGAAUGAACCUACUCAAACUGCAACAAAACCAAAUUUGAUUGUGUCUAGCAAUGUUCGUGAGCUGUUGGAAUGCCCUGUUUGCUUAAAUGCAAUGUACCCACCAAUUCAUCAGUGCCUAAAUGGGCACACGUUGUGUUCUGGUUGCAAGCCAAGAGUGCACAAUCGGUGCCCCACAUGCAGGCAUGAGCUUGGGAAUAUUAGAUGUCUUGCAUUGGAGAAGGUCGCUGCAUCUCUUGAGCUUCCCUGUAAAUAUCAAAGUUAUGGGUGCGUAGGCAUAUAUCCCUAUUACAGCAAACUAAAACAUGAGUCCCAGUGUUCAUAUAGACCAUAUAGUUGCCCUUACGCUGGGUCAGAAUGCACAGUCGUUGGUGAUAUUCCUUUUCUUGUGGCUCACCUGAAAGAUGAUCACAAAGUUGACAUGCACAGUGGCAGCACCUUCAACCAUCGUUAUGUCAAAUCAAAUCCGCAUGAGGUUGAAAAUGCUACAUGGAUGUUGACGGUUUUCAGUUGCUUUGGUCAGUACUUUUGCCUGCAUUUCGAAGCCUUCCAACUUGGGAUGGCUCCUGUUUAUAUAGCAUUCUUGCGGUUUAUGGGUGAUGAUAACGAGGCAAAGAACUACAGCUACAGCCUUGAGGUGGGUGGGAAUGGGAGGAAGUUGAUUUGGCAAGGGGUUCCAAGGAGCAUACGAGACAGUCAUCGAAAGGUUCGUGACAGUUUCGAUGGUCUCAUCAUCCAACGCAACAUGGCAUUGUUCUUCUCGGGAGGAGACAGAAAGGAGUUGAAGCUUAGAGUAACAGGAAGGAUAUGGAAAGAGCAGUGAUUGGGGUUGUUUCCUUGAUUCUAUUUUGUGGUGAUAGCCAGUAGAUCGGUUACCUUGGGUACGUUUUACGGGUCUUCUGGUCAUGUAUUUCUUUUU